CAAAAAAGAUAUCAGAAUAUGGGGCAGAGAUAUCUCGAUUGAAUACCACUCUAGAGCAACUCAAAACCAGUCGCUACUCCCUUGUGAGGUGUAUGGACAAAUUCAAAUCCCUUUUGUCCCCGGUCCGCAGGCUUCCUCAUGAUGUACUCCAGGAUAUAUUUGAACUCGUCUGUACUUCUGUAUCCUACGACACCUUUCUUUCUCGUGAUGACCUACCACUGGUAUCCACCACGCCUUUCUAUCUCUCCUCUGUCUGCGCCUACUGGCAUAAUGUCUGCCUAUCAUCACCCCUGAUCUAGACA